AUGUCAGGCAAAGAGGGCAAAGGCUCGGCAAAGGAUCCAGGGUCGGAGCACACACCUGCGGGGAUGGACCCCUUCGCGGACACGCUGCAGCGGCUGCAGGAGGCCUUCGGCUCGUGCACGCGGCCGGCCGAGUUCCGGGCUGCCCAGCUGAAGGGCCUGAGCCGCUUCCUGCAAGAGAACAAGCAGCUUCUGCAGGAGGCGCUGGCGCAGGACCUGCACAGGUCGGCCUUUGGCGGGGACAUUUCAGAGCUCAUCCUCUGCCAGAACGAGGUCGACCUGGCUCUCAAGAACCUGCACAUGUGGAUGAAGGACGAGCCAGUGGCCAAGAACACGCUCCCGCAGCUGGACUCGGCCUUCCUCCGGAAGGAGCCCUUGGGCCUGGUGCUCAUCACCGCCCCCUGGAACUACCCCCUGAACCUAACCCUGGUGCCCCUGGUGGGCGCCCUAGCGGCAGGAAACUGCACGCUGCUGAAGCUCGAGAUCAGCAAGAGCACUGAGAAGGUCCUGGCCGUGGUGCUGCCCCCAUACCUGGACCAGAGCUGCUCUGCUGUGGUGCUGGGCGGGCCCGAGGAGACGGGGCAGCUGCUGGAGCACAAGUUCGACUACAUCCUCUUCACGAGGAGCCCCCGAGUCGGCAAGAUCGUCAUGGCUGCUGCCGCCAAGCACCUGACGCCCGUCACGCUGGAGCUGGGGGGCAAGAACCCCUGCUACGUGGACGACAACUGCGACCCCCAGACCGUGGCCAACCGCGUGGCCUUCUUCCGCUAUUUCAACUCCGGCCAGACCUGCGUGGCCCCCGACUAUAUCCUGUGCAGCCCCAAAAUGCAGGCUCGACUGCUGCCCGCCCUGCAGAGUGCCAUCACCCGUUUCUAUGGCGAAGACCCCCAGAGCUCCCCAGACCUGGGCCGCAUCGUCAGUGAGAAGAAUUUCCAGCGGCUCCGGGGCCUGCUGAGCUGUGGCCGAGUGGCCAUCGGGGGCCAGAGUGAUGAAAGCGAUCGCUACAUCGCUCCCACGGUGCUGGUGGAUGUGCAGGAGAUGGAGCCGGUGAUGCGGGAGGAGAUCUUCGGGCCCAUCCUGCCCAUCAUGAACGUGAGGAGCCUGGACGAGGCCAUCGACUUCAUCAACCGUCGGGAGAAGCCCCUGGCCCUGUACACCUUCUCCAACAGCAACCAGGUAGUGAACCAGGUGCUGCACCAGAUCAGCAGCAGCCCCUUUGGAGGCAAGGAGGGCUUCAUCUACCUGACUCUGCCGUCCCUGCCACUAGGGGGAGUUGACAACAGCGGAAUGGGCAGUUACCACGGCAAGUUCUCCUUCGACACCUUCUCCCACCACCGCGCCUGCCUGCUCUCCCCCUCGGGCCUGGAGGAGCUCAAGGACAUCUGCUACCCGCCCUUUUCUGCCUGCAAACAGAAGUUGCUCAGCUGGGCCUUGGGCAACCAGCACUGCAUCCUUCUGGGAGCACCCUGUCCAUCUCCAGGGCCCCAUCCCCACGACCCCCUUGCCCUGCUGCUGCCCAGAUCUGGCCAGUCGGUGGUGUCGGCCUGA